AAAAUCUAAGUGUUAGGCUAAAACAGAUAGAUCUAGACGCAAGUAUAUUAGGAAGACCACAACUUUCGUUUGAUACUCUGAUCUGGUCAUUUUAAAGCAAUAAUCAUGGAGACCGUUCGUGAGUCAAUGUCAGCAGGCGGAAUGAAAAGUUCAAAAGUUCUGAACAAAGUCUCCAGCUCGUAUGAGCUGUUUGAAGCAGAUCCAGAAGAUGAUGUCAUCCCGACCCAAUCUAACCCAUUUCGCGCACCAUCCAUUGCAGAAAUUUACAAAAUCAUUGAGCCUAUUUCUAUCAAUACACCAAGCAGUAUUUUUAUUGUUAAGAGCCGUGAAGAUAUGAAGAAAUAUGUGCUUAAAAAGAUUGAAUGCGAGGAUGAAAGUGCUGCAGUCAAAGCAUUUUUUGAGGAAAUGGAGCUGAAAAAGUUGGAACAUAUAAAUAUUGUUAAAUACAAAGAUUUCUUCGUUACUUUUGAACCGAGUCAAUCGUCAGUUUUCCUAAAUAUCAUCUCCAAAUACUUUCCCUGUGGUAAUCUUCAAAAAUGGAUUCAGGAGUAUCAGGAUAAAGCACAAUUAGCAUCUGAAAAGUCUGUAAAAAAUAUACUGGGGGACAUCUUGAAUGGCCUUGUCUACAUGCAUGAGAAAGGAAUUAUUCACAGGAACAUAAAACCCAGCAAUAUUUUUUUUCGUCAAUGUGGGUCAGUGGUGCUAGCAGACCUGGGCGUAUCUACCCUGAAUAGUGACAUGAGGACUAACACCAGACAGACACUCAGGGGCAUACUGUACCUGGCCCCAGAGACAGCCUACCAGUCACAUGAUGAGAAAAGCGACCUCUACUCUUUGGGAGCUGUGCUGCUCAACAUGCUGACCACAUCCACCCUGAGUAAUGAUGGUUUCUUCAAGAAGUUCUCUCAGAUCAAGGAAUUUCCUGAGAUGUUGAAUGAAGUGACUGAGGGAAUUAGUGAGAUAUACUCCAAGUCCAUGACAAUCUCAGUGCAACUUUUGCUGCGUCACAAGCACAGCAUUCGUUUUACUACACUGGAAUUCAUCAAGUCUGGCUUUAUCCAGGAGUGUAUGGCCAAUGCCAGCCACAGUGACACAGGCAAGAAGUCAACCAACAAAGUGACCAAACAAACAGUAGCAACAGUAGAUGAGACAGCAGUGCAUGAACUGACUGAUGUGAGCAAGAUGCUGGACUUUAUCUCCAACAAUAUUAACCAUGAAGCCAGCCUAGCUGAAGGACUGUCCAUACUAGCUGACCACCUGAGAGACAAUUACAAGGCCCACACUGACGUUGAUCAGAAAGCCAGGAGCAUGAUCAUGUUUGCCUUGUGGGACAAUAUCUUCAAUAUGGACAUCAUCAUCCCAGGCUGCUACGUCCUCAGUAACUUGGUUGCCUCCAGUCAGCCUAGUGCUGAGCCGACCUCAUUGUUAAGUUCUGAAAUCUUCACCUUUACCCAAAAAAUUAUGACAGCUUUUGAAUAUGAACCAGAAGUUCAGCUUGCAGCCGUUAACUUGAUCCUGGCCAUUUCAACGGACAAGCUAGCAGCCCAACAAGCAGUAGAAAAUGGAGGCAUGCAUGCCAUACUGGUGGCCAUGAGGCAUUCCAGACACAACGCUACACUCAAUGCUUUGAGCUGCAUGGCCCUGUGGAGCCUUACCUUGGAUGAUGAGAACCUAAAGGUUGCUGGCAAAGAGCAUGCCGUCAGGGAUGUCUGUAUUGCCCUGAGCAUCCACAAAGUUUCUCCACAGGUCUGUGAGUCUGCUUCAGCAUGUCUCAUCUCACUGCUACUGGAUGAGACCUGCUACGACCCCUUCAAUGAACUGGACUGUGUGGGCAACCUCAUCUAUGCCAUCCACUUGCACACUGAGUGUGUCAAAGUUGUCAAAAACUGUUGUAAAGUUUUGUCCAUUGUUGUGGAAGCUAAUGCUGAAUGCGCGUAUAGAUUUUUGACCAGUGCUGAAUCAGACAAAACUCCCCGUGGUAUUCCUACAAUAGUAGCUGCAUACAGCUACCACAAGGACAAUGCUAUGGUGGUGGAGAGUAUUGUCAGGCUUUUGUUGGAGCUCUCUAACUAUGAUGACAUCAACUCUGAGAUGCAAGCAGCCAUGAUAGCACAGACCCUAUUACUGGAGAUACACAACAGAUACAGAGAAAACAAGGACAUUAUGGGCCCAUGUGAGCUGGCCCUAGAGAAACUUGGCUCCCCCCAGACCGUGAUGAAAAAUUCCGCCAUGGGCCUGCAGGUGGCCCCACCCAGCAGGCUGUACAGGUUUGAGGGGGAGGUGCAGAGCUCGUGCAGACAGCUGCUCAGCAGGUGGCACAGAGACUCGAUGCUAGCGCAGGGCCAGAAAGCCAAGAUCAACGCCGAGCUCAACACGCGCAUGAAGAUGAAGAAGAAACCCAAGCCUUCCAUGACAUCAUUCUGACCCCAGCUCAUGACACCUCGGCUGGUUGACUCAUCCACCUUUCUCACAUUCACCCCUGUUAGAGCCAUUGAGAGCAGCAGUGUUGCGUGUGUUUGACGGCAGCACGCCAUCAUGUUGUCAUGUCUGUCCCAUUUGUCUUAGUGUGUGACAGAAUACUGGACCAUCUGCACGUCUGGCAGGGACAGAGUUGUUUGGUUCUUAUCAACAUCAACGUGUUGUUACAGUUUGGUUCUUAUCAACAUCAACGUGUUGUUACACCAUUGUUCAAUCCAUUGUGUCGACUGACAACAUGGUCGACUGACUUUGUCGACUGACAUCACUGGGUCAACGGACAGACACCACUGGAUGACAGGUUGUAAGGGGGUGGACUGGCUAGUUUAGAAUGCUUUUGUGUGGCUGUGCUAUUUUUAGACUACUCAAGUUUUGGUGACCUCAAAUUUUGAUAAAGUAUAAUUUAUAUUGAAUAAUUUAAUUU